GAAACGCGGUUGCCGAGAGCAACAAAAACACUGGCUGGCACUCAAUAACAGAACAGCAGUGGAACAAAAAGAAGAAGCAGAAGCGCUUGGAAAAUGUUGAGCGGGGAAAAAGAAUAAAAGUUUUCAAUUUGACUAAAUUGGCUGCCCGUGAAAAAGUGUUUAAUUGGUUGUCCCACCAAAAAAACAAAAAAAAAAUCUAAAAACCCAGGCGGAUAUCAGCCAUCCGGCGUGCAGGAACUGUUCAUUCGAAAUUUGCAAGCCAUGGCAGGUGGUUCAAGAAGCGGACACCGCCCCAUUCUGAAUUGGCUUUCUAGCUGCCUCGUGGCCAUGUGUUUGGCCCUUCCAGGAGGAGCACCUGCCGCCCAGGAGACGCCUGCCUACUACUACGUCGGUUGCUAUACGGCGCGAACGGAUCUGCUCCAUGAAUCGGUGUACGCCAAAACCCCACAGACCUGCAUCGAAAUCUGCGAACACCAGGGACACCACUAUGCUGUCCUGGCCUCCGAGAAGUGCUUUUGUGCCAAUAUACUCGAGCCGCAGGAACAGCAGGACGAGCAGCUGUGUAACACCCGCUGCCUGGCCAACAAGGCGCAGUAUUGCGGCGGAGUCGGUGUCCACUCUUAUUACUCUACCACACUGACCAAACAGCCGGCUCCUCAUCAUCUUAGGAUAUCGAACAAAACGGAGAACAGUCUGACCCUCAACUGGAAUGCAUUCGAUGCCAGGAAACUGCUCCUGGCCGGCGGCGCCGAGGCAGUCCUGCCCAACCAACUAUUGGACAAUUUCCUGAUUCGAGCUGAGGUUCUAAAGACCUACUCCUCGCUGCCCGCCUUCCCGCAGCCCGAGUUUAUGGUGCAGAAGACGGAAACCCAAUUUGAGCUUACGGAUCUGCAUCCCGCCACUCUUUACAACAUCUCCGUGAGAGCUAUUUGCCAGGAUCCACAGGCAGGGCAAUCUGAAUGUGGUCAGGCAUCGUUAGAGGCCAACACACAGGUGGGUCAGCCCAGCCCCGCUCCAGCACAACCCAAAAUCCUCAGCCGCACUGAUCGCACUGUCACCAUAGAGCUAUCGCCCAUCCGAAAUGACAACGGACCGCUGAGCAAACUGCUCAUCAUCGUGGAAUAUGUGGACAACGCCCUGAGCCAACCAUUCGAUUCACAGCUCCUGGGUAGCUGGCAGCAGGCUCAACAGGACGGAGUGCCCUACUACAUAGCCGCCGAGCUGGAAUAUGACCGACCGGAGGAGAACCGCACCCGGCACUUUGUGGUGGGCGAUGGCAAGCGAUACGGGCGAUUCAGCAAUAAGCCCUUGGAUCAGCCUAACGCACAUGUCCACAUCAGUCUCGGAGUGGUGAGCACCCUGGAGGGCGUGACCAAGACGCUGUACAGCCGUGGAACCCACGAUCAGCACGUGACUUCACUGGACGACUUCAGCUACGCCACCUUCGAUAAGGGUCAGUCCUCGGUGGUGGCCCUGGCCGUCACCUGUGUGAUCUUCGGCACCUGCCUCCUGCUCAGUCUGAUUGCCUACUUCUAUUUGCGGUAUAAAACUUGUCGCGUACGACGAUUAACUGGCGGCAAUACCCACGAGAUGACGCUGCAGACGCCGAUUAUCGAGCGGGAGAACAAUGGCUACCUGGUGGAGGACGAUCCAGUGCCUCACACGCCGGAAAACUUCAAGCAGCAGUUGCAACAGUUGGUAGAGGGAUUCGAACGGAUACCGAGGAAUACCCUCCGGCUUAAUGUGAACGAUGUGAUCGGGGAUGGACGCUUUGGCGAGAUCAUAACAGGAAAGGUUUCUACUAACGAUUUCGCGAGGGAUUGUACUCUGCACGUGCUCUGCCUGGAUGACCUGAACGGAACUACUCAGGCACAGUUGCUGAGGGAGCUGCGUCAGUUGUCCCACUUGAAGCGCCAAGAGCAUUUACUGGACUUCUAUGGAGUGUCAGCCAGUCCAGAUUGGUUUUACUUAAUCUUCGAGCAGCAGCGCGUCAGCCUUAAGAGGCGAUUGGUGGAGAGUCGCCUGAUGGCGCCUUCACAACGCCUAACAUCCCUGUCUGAGCAACUGGUGCUGCAGUGGAUCUACGAGCUGGCCAGUGCCAUGACCUAUCUAACCAGCUGCCAAGUGGUGCAUCGACAGCUCUGCUCGCACAGCGUCUUCGUGACCGGCGAGUCCAAGCUAAAGCUAAGCGUCUUUGGGCCGCUGCAGUUCAUGAACACCAGUCGCCAGCAGCCGGACCACAGCAGAUGGCUAGCUCCAGAAGUUCUGCGUCACCAGCAUCACCACUCCACGCGCUCCGAUGUGUGGUCACUAGCCUGCGUGGCCUGGGAAUGUUGCGCUCUGGGCGGCACUCCCUAUGCCAAUGCAGUGGGCACCAACCAACAGCUCCUUGAGGCCAUCCGGGCUGCAGUGCGUCCCGCACAACCGGCUUACGUGUUCGGGGAUCUCUACCAACUACUGCUCAACUGUUGGCAGCUGGAGCCGAGCGAGCGGAGCACUUGCGAGGACGUGGCCUUCGGAGUGCGUCAGCUGAUGACCUCACCGCGGCAUGCCCUCAGCUUCGAUCGAGUGGUGGGCGGUCUAGACACCCUGCCCCCGUACCUGCCGCAGCUGGAAACGAUUGCGCUGAUGGGCUGAGGUGCAUUCGGAUAGAAUAAUUAGCUUUAGUCAGUGAGAGCCAACAUUCGCAUACAGUAGAUUUCGGUUAUGAGUCACUCGUGAAGAGAACACAUCUCUAUAUUUUGAUUUUAGAUGUGUUCACUUGCAAUUGAUUAGUUAAUGAUGUUCUGGCUGAGAAAAAAGUUAUUGUUUUAGCAUUUACUGACCACAAUGAUUUAAUAUAAAUGUUUAAUUACUAUUUGA